AUGUCCGGGGCGGAGGAGCGGGAGCCCGGCGGUGGGGGCCCGGCCGCCUCCUCCUCCGCGGCGGCCUCCUCCUCCUCCGCGGGCCUCGGGGAGGCGGCGGGGCCGGCGGCGGCGGCGGGGCCCGAGGAGCCGGGGCUGCUGCUCGGCGGGGCCCGGCCGCACGCGGAGCCCGCCGCCGACCCGGACGCGCCGCCCAAGAAGCGCCUGAAGGUGGCGGGGGCGGGCGGGGCCGAGGGCAGCGUGAAGCUGGAGGAGCGGCUGUACUCGGUGCUGUGCUGCACGGUGUGCCUGGACCUGCCCAAGGCCUCGGUCUACCAGUGUACUAAUGGUCACUUGAUGUGCGCUGGCUGUUUUAUCCACCUACUAGCAGAUGCCCGGCUGAAGGAGGAACAGGCUACGUGCCCCAAUUGCCGUUGUGAGAUCAGUAAGAGCCUAUGCUGCCGAAACCUGGCUGUGGAAAAAGCAGUGAGUGAGCUGCCAUCCGAGUGUGGCUUCUGCAUGCGGCAAUUUCCUCGCUCUCUUCUGGAGAGACACCAGAAAGAGGAGUGCCAGGACAGGGUGACUCAGUGCAGAUACAAGCGGAUUGGGUGCCCGUGGCAGGGUCCAUACCACGAGCUGACCGUUCACGAAGCGGAGUGCACUCACCCCACAAAGACGGGGAACGAACUGAUGGAGAUUCUGGAUGAAAUGGACCAAACCCAUAAAAAAGAAAUGCAGCUGUAUAACAGCAUCUUUGGCCUGCUCAGCUUUGAGAAGAUUGGCUACACAGAAGUUCAGUUCCGUCCCUAUCGAACCGAUGACUUCAUCACCCGCCUGUACUACGAGACGCCCAGGUUCACCGUGCUCAACCAGACCUGGGUGUUAAAGGCCCGCGUCAACGACUCCGAACGCAACCCCAACCUGUCCUGCAAGCGCACCCUCUCCUUCCAGCUCAUUCUGAAAAGCAAGAUCAGCUCCCCCAUGGAGUGUUCCUUCCUGCUCCUGAAGGGGCCCUACGACGACGUGAAAAUCAACCCCGUGAUCUAUCACUUCGUCUUCACCAAUGAGAACAAUGAGACGGAGUACGUGCCGCUCCCCAUCAUCGACUCUGUGGAAUGUAACAAACUGCUGGCUGCCAAGAACAUCAACUUGCGGCUUUUUAUAUUCCAGAUACAGAAAUAGGCAAGGCUGAGUUAUGCUGGAAGUUACCAAGAAAGCACCACUGAACCAUAGUUACCUCGUACGGCUGCCUGUGCCCGUUGUGAUUUCACAGUAAUUUGAUCAUUUUAAAAGGAAAAAACCCAACAAAACGUCUGCAUGUGUAUGCAACAGCGUAAGCAGUCACAGCCUUCCUUCCCUUCCCUUCCCCCAUCUUCCCCAGGGAUAGACAAGAAUGGAGCCAGGU